AUGGCCUCUCCCAGUCUCAUCGCCUCUCCCAGUCUCAGCGCCUCUCCCAGUCUCAGCGCCUCUCCCAGUCUCAUCGCCUCUCCCAGUCUCAUUGCCUCUCCCAGUCUCAGCGCCUCUCCCAGUCUCAUCACCUCUCCCAGUCUCAUCGCCUCUCCCAGUCUCAUCGCCUCUCCCAGUCUCAGCGCCUCUCCCAGUCUCAGCGCCUCUCCCAGUCUCAGCGCCUCUCCCAGUCUCAGCGCCUCUCCCAAUCCUCUCUCUCUUCUCUUCCUCCUUUCAGCCUCCUCUACUCCUGAUCUAUCUUUCCCUUCCCCUUCUCUCUCCCCUCAUCUCUCCCUCUCUCUCACCUCUCCACAUCCUCCCUCGUCUCUUCUCCUCUCUCUUCUCCCUCCCUCCUUCCCUCAUCUCUCCCCUCUCCACCUCCUCUCUCGUCUCCCUCCUCUCUCUCCCUUCUCCACCUCCUCUCGUCUCCCUCCUCUCUCCCUCAUCUCUCUCUCCUCUCUCCACCUCCUCUCUCGUGUCUCCCCCUCUCUCCUCUCCACAUCCUCUCGUCCCUCCCCCUCCCCCUCAUCUCUCUCUCCUCUCUCUUCUCCCUCCCUCCUUCCCUCAUCUCUCCCCUCUCCACCUCCUCUCUCCCUCCCUCUACCCUCUCCUCCUCCUCCUCUCUCCUCCCUCCUCUCUCUCCCCUCUCCACCUCCUCUCUCGUCUCCCUCAUCUCUCUCCUCUCUCCCUCAUCUCUCUCCUCUCUCCCUCAUUCUUGUGUAA